CAUAAUCAUUUUUGGAUAUUGAAUACCGACAUCCCAAAUUCUGUUGGAUAUAAUUAUCUUAAAACCUUUUAACCCCUUUUCUAAUCUCUAUCUAAGGUCAAUGGCGUUUCCUAAAACACUCAGUUCUCAAGAAAUGAACCAACUUAGAGGAUUAAUUUUAACCCUUUGUUGGUUUAUUUUCUCUUUAAGACUGGCAAGGGCAGACUGCACUUCCCAAGAUGUUCCUAGAGUCCCUCUCACUACAGGAUGUGUGGAAGGAAUUGUCAAAACAACAGUCUUGGGUCGCAAAUACUACAGCUUCCAGGGAAUACCAUACGCUGCCCCUCCAACUGGAAAACUCAGGUUUAAGGCUCCUCAGCCAACCAUACCAUGGUCGGGGGUGUUGAAGGCUUCUAAGGAACCUCCUGCCUGUCUUCAACCUUGGCGGAAAAACCCUUACCCCAUCACCUUCAGUGAAGACUGCCUUUAUCUGAAUGUAUUUACACCUUAUUUAAAGCCUCCAAAUGGUAAGCUACUGCCAGUGAUAGUUUGGAUUCAUGGUGGGAAGUUUUAUCAAAGUUCUGGUUCAACAUAUAAAUAUGGUCCUGAUUUCCUCUUGAUGAAAGAUGUGAUCCUAGUUAACAUCAACUACCGAUUGGGUAUUUUUGGUUUUUUGAACCUGAACAGUUCGGAAGCUCAAGGCAAUGCAUCGUUGAAAGACAGGAUUGCUGCGUUGAGGUGGGUCCAGCGAGAGAUCAGUAAAUUCGGAGGAGAUCCCACAAAAGUGACCAUAGUGGGGGGAAGUUCUGGAGGUAGCGAUGUGAUGUAUUUGUACAUCUCACCUCUCGCUAAAGGUUUGUUCCAUAGAGCCAUCACCCAGAGUGGUUCUGCCCUAGGCUACGUCUGUUUCCUCCCCUCCACUUUAACCUUUGCCCUAAAAGUGGCCGACUCCCUUGGAUGUCCGACCCACGACCCCCAGGAGGUCGUAGACUGUCUCCGGGGCAUACAUGGGCCAGUGCUAGCGGAGCAGCAGGCAGUGGUCGGAGGAUCUAAGGGAUUAGCGAUGCCUUUUGUGCCUUCGAUCGAAACAGAUUUAGGAGAAGAAGUGUUCCUUCCAGAUUCUCCUCAGAAUCUUAUAUCUCAGAGUGGUGGGGUCCCUUACAUGAUGGGUUUCAACAACGCAGAGGGACUAAUGUAUGUAAAUGACUUAACAGACAAUGAGCUUAAGAAUAUUAAGCAAGCAAUCGUCUCAUACUUGCCGGAACACAUGCUCCAGAACUCAAGCAAUGCAACAAUAAGUGAGAUGGCCACACAAAUUGGGGACUGCUACUUUGGACAAAAUAUUUCAAUAUAUGCAGCACUAAAUGGAUUCGUAGAGUUUGCUACGGACAGAACAUUCGCCUUUAGCAUCCUCAAAUCUGCCGAGGCACUGAGUGAAAAAGCACCUGUUUAUCUGUACUACUUUACAUUUGAAGGAGACUUUCAGGCAACUCAUUCGUACAAAUCUAUCAAGUUGUCAGGUGUCGGUCACGGGGACGAACUGGGAUAUAUAUUCUACAGAAAUUACACUAUAGCAAACCACAACAAUUUCUCCUCCUACCCAAGAUCGAUGGAGAUGAUGGAAAAAGUAGUAAACUUAUGGACCAAUUUUGCCAUUCAUGGGAAUCCAACUCCUCUGCAAGAAGACUCAAGUGACACAAAAUGGGAUCCAGUCACACCAUCUAUUAACAAUCAUCUAAUCAUUGACGAAAAGCUGGAAAUGGUUCACGUCUCUUUACUUAAAGAAAGAGAAACCUUGUGGGAAAAUCUUUACUUACUUCUUUUCAACCAAGAGUCACCCCAAAGGAAAAAAGGAGGCCAUUUCUUUGUCACCACAAUUGUCGGUUUGAUUUUACUGUUCAGUGUUAUCCUUGCUAUUACAUAUUACAUUCAAUACUGGCGAGAGAGAAACUUAUACUUUGAUUUUUGAAAAUUUGAAAUCAUAUUUGUAAAAAUUUUGUCAGAGAAAUGGACAAUUCAGCAAAAUAUUCUAAAACAGUGUGUUUGGUCAUAGUUGAAUAUAAAAAAAUAUGAAUUUCCAAUGGAAAUAUCAGACUUACCUAGCUAACAAGCACAUGUUUUUUUUCUAUCACAACAUUUAUGCAAGUAAAAAAUUAUA